AUGCGAUUUAGACCCGUUAUUGGCAUACGACAUCUGCAAGCUCUGCUCCUCUUCUUGGCCGUAUGUGUGAACUUCUUAGCCCGAAAUACAGUCAGUGUCGCCUUGGUGGCCAUGACGGAUGCGGCGAGUGCUAAUCCAGAUUUUCCGGAAUAUGCCUGGACAGAGGCACAAAAAUCUUACAUCCUGUCCAGCUUUUACUGGGGUUACGUUGUUACCCAGUUUCCGUCGGGACUUUUGGUGCGUCGCUUUGGCACCAAAAUAGUGCUGCUUAUUCCCAGCUUGACCACAGGUGUGUUUAGUUGCCUGACACCUUACUUCAUCAGCUGGGGCGGCUGGGUUGCAUUCUGCGUGUUGCGUGUUAUUCUGGGUUUAUCCCAGGGUCUAAUCUUUCCCGCCAUACUGGCACACGUGGCCAAGUGGUCGCCGCCCAAGGAUCGCAAUAAGUUGGGAAUUGUGGCCCAUUCGGGCACUGCAUGCGGUUUACUUUUGGCCAUGGCUGUGAGUGGCCUAAUAGCAGAGAGUCCCAUGGGCUGGCCGGGUAUAUUUUAUGUGACGACGGGCAUUUGUGUCGUCUGGUGUAUACUCUGGAUGUUCCUGGCAGCCGACAAUGCGCCCAGCUCCCGUUUGAUUACCCGAGAGGAGCGGGAUUACAUUGAGCGUUCAAUGCAGCGGGAAGAUGGAUUCCAUAAAAAGAAGAUACCCGUACCAUGGCGUGCCAUCUUUACUUCCCCAGCCUUCAUUGCUCUGCUGACUGUGAGCUCUUCUCAGGGCUGGACCAACUCGAUGAUGAGUCAGCAAACUCCGGCGUAUAUGCACGGCGUACUUGAGAUGGACAUCAAGAGCAACGCAUUGUUCUCGGCACUGCCUUACCUGGCCAUGUGGCUGACGUCAUUUGUAUUCCUCGCCUUUGCAGAUGUGGCUAUGUCCCGCAAGUGGAUGUCGCUAAACGUGAUGCGCAAGUCCGUUAACACAGUGGCAUCCUGGGGAGCGGCUGCUGCCCUGAUUGGCAUUGGUUUUCUGGACAAGAGUCAGACUGAGUGGGCGGUUGCCCUGAUGACUCUUAAAUCGGCUCUGAUAUCGGGAACUGGCGUUGGCAGCGUCAUAAACACCAUCGAUCUGUCGCCCAAUCACUCGGGCAUGAUAAUGGGUAUUACGACUGCUUCUGCCACAAUCCUUUCUGUGCUGACAUCGCUGGUCGUGGGUGUCAUUGUCACCGAUACCAGCUCUCGAGCCCAGUGGCAAAUUGUCUUUGGACUGACUGCAGCUGUCUUUUUUGUGGGAAAUCUGGUCUAUAUCAUAUGGGGCUCGACAGAUCUACAGCCAUGGGAUGCCGCGGACUUUUUAAAGCCACGCGAUGUCGAACGAAAUUCUGAUAAAUCCUCGUGCAAAAAAGAAAAGGAAGCGCUUCAAGCCAUAGAAAUGACAACAAAUAAAACAACUUAAGUAUUCUGCAUGAGAUAAGUUAAGGCAACUCGAUAUAGUUGUAAGUAGGAAAUAAUUAAGAAGAACACAAUGUACUUAUACUUUGUACUUAGCGAAUGUUUUGGUCAAAAUGUGGUUGGGCUUUUGAUUAAACGAAUUGUAGACAUUUUUUGGCUGUGGACGCAUCGUUGAUUUUAAUUAAAAAUUCUUAAAACGUU